AUGUCAUUCCGCCCAGAGAAUAUUCCUCUAGUCGCCCAAAGAUUUUGGACAUCUAACGAGUUACCCUCCUUUUGUUCUAACACGCUGGCCCAUCCGCUGUCUGGAGGCCAUUGUCAAGUUUACAAGCUUGCAUUUUCUGAUCAGACCACCUGGGCUGUGCGAAUUCCAAUACAUGCACGAAAUGCCCCUAAAGAGGUCGUCAUAACUCAACUUCAAUGCGAAAUAGAGGUUCUGAAACGUCUAAAUGCUAAUGGAUUCAACUGGGCUCCAAAGCUUAUUGGCUAUGACCUGACCUAUGAUAAUGAAGUAGGCUUCCCACUCAUUGUUCUCUCAUGGCUACCAGGCGAUCCAUUGGAAUGGAAUGAUACUGUACCUCCGCACCGAUGUGACCGCGACAAAGUCUUGCAACAGAUAAUCCAGAUUGUACUGCAACUAAUUCAAUGUACCAAAGUCAAAGAUGUGGUGGACCGAAAAAUCAUUCGUGUUUAUCGGCAUCAGUUGCCCCAAAUUUCACUGGAGGAUUGCCUGAUACUUCGCGCGUUACUGCCUGAGGUUGUACAUGAGAAAUUACACCACGCUCCCUUCCUCAUUUCACAUGGCGAUCUAUCGAGUAAUAAUAUUCUGGUAGACAGAAAUUAUAAUAUUACUGGGAUAAUUGAUUGGGGCUUUUCGACAUAUCACCCCUUCCCAAUCGCCGCCGGUCUUCCGCGAUUUCUUGUCAUGGAGAAUGAAGAAACUUUGAUUCCCUCACCAGUUGCCCAGCAGGAUCGAAGAAGCCUGGUCACGCAUCUCGGUCAAUGCAGUUGCGAAUAUGCGCCAUUGCUGGCUCUCAUAUAUGCCGCAGCAGAUGUAGACUAUAGGUGGAUGGUGCUGGAAGCAGUUUUCAGUAAAGGAACUCACAGAUGGUUGAAGGACCGUAUGUGGUUCAAGAGUGGCUCCUCCUCCCUUGUUGAUCGUGAAAUUUUGGAGCGCGAAAUGGAGGCAUUUCUAAAUGGUCGUGUAAAUCUGAACGCGAAUCUUACUAAAGAACAGAUUGUCAAUGUAUGGCAUGGAGGAGCGAAAACGAAAUAA